AUGGAAGCUGAAAUUCGCUAUUCAUUGAAUGCUACGAGUCGAGAUAUAAAAAAGGAAUACACUUCGCUGAGGAAUAGGCUUCAGAGCAUCAUUUUGGACAAUAAGUAUAUGUGUGAUGAGGUCAUUCCAUCGUUCCCAGAUUAUCCUAUCAUUCCCAAUGAACGCUGUGGCUUGUGGUACUGCCGGCCAGGACAAUAUGAACAGACAAGUUAUUUUAAGUCUACAGAUGGUCACACCGCUAUAUGGGAUUUUAGCGUCCGAAGACUAAAUUUCCAUCUGCUACCUACUCUGUCAAAACAUAAUGGUCUGAUUAUAGUAGAUAGUACUAGGAGAGGAAAGAAAAUGCCCGAUGCACUGAGCAAAACCAUACCAAUUUGGUGUGCCGUACUCAAUAAUCUGAUCUUAGAGUUCACAGGGAAUCAGCAACAGGUAUUAUUUUGUCCUCCAGAUAUUGUAUCUCCAACUGAAUAUUCCAGCAUAGUCAGCAAAUUACCACAUCUAGUGGAAAAGUUGAAGAAAAUAGAUCAAAUCACUGGUGAGAAGCUAUUUGCUAUGUUUGGUGGCCGUACCCUGCGUCCAUUUUGGGUGUAUCCUGGGUCUUCACUGUUGAAUGUUUCAAAGGAUAUAUUUACUGGCGAAAUGACAGGCGCCAAAUGGAGCCCUCCAGAAAAUGUAAUACCUCUUAUAUUGUACACGGCGAGUUACCAAUGUCAGGAUGGUGUCGAUAACAAAAAUGGAUUUACUUACGUGCAAGGCGCAGCAGACGACCAUGAGCUAUGGGCAGGCGGUCUCACAUCAAAUCUUUUGUGGAAACAUUUUAAUGUUUUAGGAGAUCCAACGAAGUCAGAAUCAGAGCUUGCUAGUUAUUGUCAGAACUUGCUUACAUCGGAGGCUGAUAACCUGCCAGUGGCUUCCAACCUCAAAUCGCUUUUUAAAAUAGAUGUGGUGAACAGUUCAUUACAUUUAGCCGCCAUAAGAAAUAAUACUACAAUAAGUAAGGAAGUUGCUGCCGAGCUGGAGAAAAACUACUCACUAACAAUUGUAUGCAGUGAAACUGUUGCAAUGGGUGCUAAUGUUGAAUGCAAAUCUAUAAAAAUAUACCCUAUGAAUAGUGACUCUAAAAAAGGCUCUCGGACUUUACGAAUAACACUCAUAGAAAUCGAUAAGCUAAUAUCCGACCACCUCAAGAAUAAAACACCAAUUAUGAUUUGCUGUAACACGGGUAGAGAUAUAUCAGUGGGAGUUGUAUUGACAAUAUUAUGCCGGCAUUUCGACCUUGACUGGUUACCCGCCCAGCAAAUAAGCAUAAACAAGACAGUUGUUAGAAAACAUUUAGCAAAACUCAUUUCGCACAUGGAUGGGCGUAAUCUGAACCCAUCAAGAGCUACACUUAACAGCAUAAACUCAUUUCUGAUGCAAUAG